AUGUACGUCACAAUGAUGAUGACCGACCAGAUCCCUCUGGAACUGCCACCGUUGCUGAACGGAGAGGUUGCCAUGAUGCCUCACUUGGUGAAUGGAGAUGCGGCUCAGCAGGUUAUUCUCGUUCAAGUUAAUCCAGGUGAGACUUUCACAAUAAGAGCGGAGGAUGGAACACUGCAGUGCAUUCAAGGGCCUGCUGAAGUUCCCAUGAUGUCACCCAAUGGAUCCAUUCCUCCCAUCCAUGUGCCUCCAGGUUAUAUUUCACAGGUGAUUGAAGACAAUACCGGAGUCCGCCGGGUGGUGGUCACACCCCAAUCUCCUGAGUGUUACCCCCCAAGCUACCCCUCGGCCAUGUCUCCAACCCAUCAUCUACCCCCCUACCUGACUCACCACCCACAUUUUAUCCAUAACUCACACACAGCAUACUAUCCACCUGUUACUGGACCUGGAGAUAUGCCACCUCAGUUCUUUCCUCAACAUCAUCUUCCUCCCACAAUAUACAGUGAGCAAGAAAUCAUACCACUCUAUGGAAUGUCGAGUUACAUCACCCGAGAAGACCAGUAUAGCAAACCUCCGCACAAAAAGCUGAAAGACCGCCAGAUUGACCGCCAGAAUCGCCUCAACAGCCCUCCUUCUUCAAUCUACAAGAGCAACUGCACCACCGUGUACAACGGCUACGGCAAGGGCCAUGGCGGCGGCGGCGGCGGCGGCGGCGGGGGAGGUGGCAGCGGCGGCGGGCCGGGCGUUAAGAAAGCCGAGCGGCGGGCCAGAAGCAGCCCGAAGGCGAAUGAUGCAGACUUGCAAGAGUAUGAGCUGGAAGUAAAGAGGGUGCAAGACAUUCUUUCGGGAAUAGAGAAGCCACAGGUUUCUAACAUUCAGGCAAGAACAGUUGUGUUGUCCUGGACGCCCCCUGUUGGACUUUCAUGUGGACCCCACAGUGGUCUUUCCUUUCCCUACAGUUAUGAGGUGGCUUUGUCAGACAAAGGACGAGAUGGAAAAUACAAGAUAAUUUACAGUGGAGAAGAAUUAGAAUGUAACCUGAAAGAUCUUAGGCCAGCAACCGAUUAUCAUGUGAGGGUAUACGCUAUGUAUAAUUCUGUAAAGGGGUCCUGCUCUGAGCCGGUUAGCUUCACCACCCACAGCUGCGCACCUGAGUGUCCCUUCCCACCUAAGCUGGCACACAGGAGCAAAAGUUCACUAACCUUGCAGUGGAAGGCACCAAUUGACAAUGGUUCAAAAAUCACCAACUACCUUUUAGAGUGGGAUGAGGGAAAAAGAAACAGUGGUUUCAGACAGUGCUUCUUUGGGAGCCAGAAGCACUGCAAGUUGACAAAGCUGUGCCCAGCCAUGGGGUACACGUUCCGGCUGGCUGCUCGGAAUGACAUUGGCACCAGCGGGUAUAGCCAAGAGGUGGUGUGCUACACGUUAGGAAACAUUCCUCAGAUGCCCUCGGCACCAAGACUCGUUCGAGCUGGGGUCACAUGGGUCACACUGCAGUGGAAUAAACCAGAAGGCUGCUCACCUGAGGAAGUAGUCACCUACACCUUGGAAAUCCAGGAGGAUGAAAAUGAUAACCUUUUCCACCCAAAAUACACUGGAGAGGAUUUAACCUGUACUGUGAAAAAUCUCAAAAGAAGCACACAGUAUAAAUUCAGGCUGACUGCUUCUAAUAUGGAAGGGAAAAGCUGCCCAAGUGAAGUUUUGGUUUGUACAACGAGCCCUGACAGGCCUGGACCACCUACAAGACCCCUCAUUAAAGGACCAGUUAUGUCUCAUGGCUUUAGUGUCAAAUGGGAUCCUCCAAAGGACAAUGGUGGUUCAGAAAUACUCAAGUACUUACUGGAGAUUACUGAUGGAAAUUCUGAAGCGAGUCAGUGGGAAGUGGCCUACAGUGGGUCGGCUACAGAGUACACUUUCACCCACUUGAAACCAGGCACUUUGUACAAACUCCGAGCAUGCUGCAUAAGUACUGGUGGACACAGUCAGUGUUCUGAAAGUCUCCCUGUUCGCACUCUAAGCAUUGCACCGGGUCAGUGUCGCCCACCGAGGGUUUUGGGUAGACCAAAGCACAAAGAAGUCCACUUAGAGUGGGAUGUUCCUGCCUCUGAAAGUGGCUGUGAAGUCUCGGAGUACAGCGUGGAGAUGACAGAACCGGAGGAUGUGGCUUCGGAGGUGUACCACGGGCCGGAGCUCGAGUGCACCGUGGGAAACCUGCUCCCAGGAACCGUGUAUCGCUUCAGGGUGCGAGCUCUGAAUGACGGAGGGUAUGGUCCCUAUUCUGAUGUCUCAGAAAUUACCACGGCUGCAGGGCCUCCUGGACAGUGCAAAGCACCUUGUGUCUCUUUUACGCCUGAUGGAUGUGUCCUAGUGAGCUGGGAGAGUCCUGAAAGCUCUGGUGCUGACAUCUCAGAGUACAGGUUGGAGUGGGGAGAAGAUGAAGAAUCCUUAGAACUUGUUUAUCAUGGGACAGACACCGGCUUCGAAAUGAGGGACCUGUUACCUGCCGCACAGUAUUGCUGUCGAUUACAGGCUGUUAAUCAAGCUGGAGCAGGACCAUACAGUGAGCUCGUCCUUUGCCAGACACCAGCAUCUGCCCCUGACCCUGUCUCUACUGUGUGUGUCCUGGAGGAGGAGACCCUCAACGCCUAUCCCGAUUCGCCUUCUGUGUGCCUUGUACUGAACUGGGAAGAGCCGUGCAAUAAUGGAUCUGAAAUCCUUGCUUACAACAUUGAUCUUGGAGACACUAGCAUCACCGUGGGCAAUACCACCACCCACGUUAUGAAAGACCUCCUUCCAGAAACCACCUACCGGAUCAGAAUUCAGGCCAUAAAUGAAAUUGGAGCUGGACCAUUUAGUCAGUUCAUUAAAGCAAAAACUCGGCCGUUACCACCCUUGCCUCCUAGGCUCGAAUGUGCUGCUGCUGGGCCUCAGAGCCUGAAGCUGAAAUGGGGAGACAGUAACGCCAAGACGCACGCUGCCGACGACAUGGUAUACACACUGCAGCUGGAGGACAGGAACAAGAGGUUUAUUUCAAUCUACAGAGGACCCAGCCACACCUAUAAGGUCCAGAGGCUGACGGAAUUCACAUGCUACUCCUUCAGAAUCCAGGCAGCCAGCGAGGCUGGGGAAGGGCCCUUCUCAGAAACCUACACCUUCAGCACAACUAAGAGUGUCCCCCCCACCAUCAAAGCACCUCGAGUAACACAGUUAGAAGGAAAUGCGUGUGAAAUUUUAUGGGAGACGGUACCACCCAUGAAAGGCGACCCUGUCAACUACGUUCUGCAGGUGUUGGUUGGAAGAGAAUCUGAGUACAAACAGGUGUACAAGGGGGAAGAAGCCACAUUCCAAAUCUCAGGCCUCCAGACCAACACAGACUAUCGGUUCCGCGUGUGUGCGUGUCGUCGCUGUUUAGACACCUCUCAGGAGCUAAGCGGAGCUUUCAGUCCCUCUGCAGCUUUUGUACUACAACGAAGUGAGGUCAUGCUUACAGGGGACAUGGGGAGCUUAGAUGAUCCCAAAAUGAAGAGCAUGAUGCCUACUGAUGAACAGUUUGCAGCCCUCAUUGUGGUUGGCUUUGCAACUUUAUCCAUUUUAUUUGCCUUUAUAUUACAGUACUUCUUAAUGAAGUAA